GGUGCGGUGCCAGCCUGGCUGCCGGCCAGGUGCCGAUGUGCAGGCGGCUGCUCUUAAUCCAGCCCCGAGCUCCUCCCCCGGCCGCCCGCCUGGGCCUUUCAGUUUCCGUUUCCCCCCCGCCCCCGAGCUCGGAGCGAAACCAGCCCAGCCGCUCCCUGGGAGCCUCCGGAGAAAUGCUCUCCUCCGCCAUGCAGAGCCUGGAGCUGCGGGAGCAGGACCUGACCGAGAUGGGCUCCCUGAUCCAAUCCCGUGUGGUUCUGGAAGUUUCCACCCAGGUCCAAACCCUGCUGGAUUCGCUGGACUCUGCCACCCUGGACAUCGCCGUGACAGGGGAAUCCGGCGCCGGCAAAUCCACCUUGGUCAACGCCCUCCGUGGCCUGAGCGACUCGGACCCCCGCGCCGCCCCCACCGGCGUCGUGGAGACCACCGCCGAGCCCACACCCUACCCCCACCCCGGCCUCCCCAGCGUCCGGCUCUGGGACCUCCCCGGCACUGGCACCCCCAGCUUCCGGGCCGAGCAGUACCUGGAGCAGGUGGGCUUGAUGCACUUCGAUUUCUUCCUCCUCGUGGCUUCGGAGCGGUUCCGGGAGAGCCACGCCCAGCUGGCCCAGGCCCUGGGCGCCGCGGGCAGGCGCUUCUACUUCAUCCGCACCAAGGUGGAUCAGGACCUGCGGGCGUCCCGCCGGCGCCGGCCGGGCCGCUGCCAGGAGGGCCAGGUGCUGGGUGAGAUCCGCGCGGACUGCGCCCGCCAGCUGGAGAAGGAAGGCGUGGCCGCCCCGCGGGUUUUCCUGCUCUCCGCCUUCCAGCUGCAUCGCUUCGACUUCCCGCGGCUGCAGGCCACGCUGGCGGAGGAGCUGGCCGGGCACAAGCGCCACGCGCUGCUCCUGGCACUACCGGCCCUGACGGCCGAGGCCGUGGGGCGCCGGAAGGAGACGCUGCGGCGCCAUGUCUGGAAGAAGGCCCUGCUGGCGUCCCUGGUCUCGGCACUGCCAGGGCUCCCACUGCAGCUCAACGUGCCCAUGCUGGUGGAGACGCUGGGCUCCUACCGCCGCAGCUUUGGCCUGGACGAGGAGUCCCUGGGGGUGCUGGCCCGGGCGGGCGCCGGCUCCCCCCAGCGGCUGCGGGCUCAGGUACGGUCGGCGCUGGGCCGGGAGCUCUCCCCGGCAGCUGUGCAGGACGUGCUGAGCCAGGCCGCGCUCUGUGGGCAGGUGGCCGCCCGCCUGGCCCGCACCCGCCUGCCGCUGCUGGAGAACCUGGUGGCCGGCGGCAUCUCCUUUGUGGCCGCCUACUUCCUGCUGCACAGCGCCCUGGAGGACUUCGCCGGUGACGCCCAGCGGGUGCUGGAAGCUGCCUACGGGACGGAGGAGGAGGGGGGGCCUUGUGACCCCCCUGAUCCUGGGUUCCUCUUUGACUGAGGGCUGGGCCCUGCUGGAUGAGGGGGGCUGCUGGAGGCUUCGUACCCCCCCCCCAGCCCUCUCCCACCUCUAGCCCUCUCCCCCUCUCUGCUUCCACCUAUGUCCCUUCACCCGGCCCCUGGGGCUACCUUAACAGAGCAAUAACCCCCGCCCCCCCAUCCCCACACCAGCUCUGUGGGUGGGGCCAGAUAGCACCAGGACCCCACAGCUCCCUGGAGAGCGAGAUGCAUUGUGGGUAGCCUGGGAGGGACGAGUGACCAUGGCUGGAGCUCACCAGAGCGUUGAGGGAGGAGGUACCCAGGAGGGGAGCGGGGUGGCCUGCGGGGCAGGAUGAUGGCUGGUGCGGUGGUGGUACCUCCUGCGCUGAUGGGACGGGCACUGUGUGCUCCCUGUGGAGACGUGGGGGCCAUGUCUCCUUCCAGCCACAGCGUGGGAUUGUGCAAACCAAGGCCUGGGCUAUGCAUCCAAUGUAGGUCAACGUAGCCAUGUUGCUGGGGGGUGGGAAGAACCCGCUUCCCCGGGCCUGUGGCUAGGCCGACAUAACCCUGGUGUAGACACCGUCAACCUUCCGUUGACGCAGGUACCGUCACUUGGGGAGGUUGCGUCCCAACCUCUUCCAUCGCUGUCGGGCGCGUCUACACUACAGGGUUAGGCCGGCAUCGCCACGGCGACCUAGCUACGCCGCUAACGCCCCGUAGGGUAGCCACGGCCCAGGGCGUAGGAGACUGCAGGAGGCAGAGGUUGGGGGCGGAGCUGGUCGGGACUUUCCCAGCGGAGCAGCGUUCUGUCGGAAAAUGGCCUCUUGUCGGAAUCGGAUGGUGUGUGGGAAACUGCCACAAAAUUGUGCGUUGGGGGGAAAAUAUCAAGGAAAAAAUCCCAUUUUGCUAUGAGCGUUUGAAUGUCUGGGUUCAAAAUUUGUCUUCUGGUUGGUUGUUUUCAAUUUUUAAGAAUUUGUAGAUGGUCAAAAUUGGAAGGAAACGGUUUGGUUUCAUCAGAGUUAUUCUCUUGGAUUUUUUUCUGUUUUGGUGGUUGGUUUUGAUUUAAAAAAAGUCAACGCUGGAAAAAACAUUUUGAUUUUAUUGGGUUUCAUUUAAUUGGAUUUGUUUAAAUUUUAAAAAGUCAAUAUUGGAAGGAAACAUUUCAGUUGUGUUGGAUAUUUUUUGUUUUAUGUUUUUAAAAACAGAUCAAUAGCAGAGAGAAACGUUUUCUUUUAUUGCAUUUUUUAUUUUAUUAUAUUAACUUUUAAAUUUUGUAAAAGUCAAAACCAGAAGGAAACAUUUUGAGUUUAUUUUAUUGGAUUGUAUCAGUUUUUAUUUUAUUCAAAUUGAUUAUACUGGAUUUUAUUUGAUCAGAUUUUUGAAAAAAUGUAUUGAACGGGAACGUUCCAGUCGACCCCAGACCCAAAUAGUUUUUCCCAACAAUUUUGUUUCAUGGGGAAAUUGUAGAAUUUAUUUCUGGUUUUCAUCCGGAUUCAGAACAAAACUAAAUUUCAAAAUAUCCAAAUUUCCCGUGGAGCAGAAAUUCUGACUUUGGACCAGUUCUGUGGAGGAGCCAAUCUUGGCCACGGGGUUUGGCUUGAGAGAUGCUGGAGGGAGACGAUACGCAAAGGCUGUGUCCCUCUCACUGGGCUGAGAACCUGGCUCCUCUAUCAGUAUCCAGGGCGUGACUUGACUUGCGCUCCCAAAUCAAGAUGUCAGAGCCCAAAUUCAAUACGGGUAACCUCUGGAUCUCUCACUUGUUACAUUAACUGGACGGUGGUAACAAAAUCGCCCCUUAUUUUUGUAAAGCAAAGGAUGUUUAUUAAAUAAAACCUCUAUUUUUCUCA